UUGGCAAAAAGACUUCCUAUCGACUCUAUUAAAAUUAUUCCAUACGAACUUUUGACAGAUAAUGGAUGCGAAUUUACAGGAAAGGACUUCAAAAACGUUCUUCAAGUAAAUGGCAUUCAACACCAUCGGACAGAACCUUACACACCACAGUUAAAUGGUAAAAUAGAACGUUUUUGGCAAACAAUCUUUUCGGCUCGCCCAGAUUUUAUCGAAAUAAGAGAAUUUUUACCUCACGCAAUAGAAGAAUACAACACAGUAUGGGUUCAUACAGCUCUUAAAGAUCUUUUCGGUGGAAAACCUACUCCAAAAUCAAUUUGGGACCAGGGUCCUAAAUGGACAAAGGACUUAAACCCAAAUCCUGAGUUCGAAAUACAGCCUCGUAACUAA